CCCAUAAAACUCUAAUCCAUUUCAGUUCAAAACAUCAAAAUCAAACUCUCUCCCAUUCAAAUUUUCUAUAGAUUAAUACUCCUCUGAUACUAGAAAAGUAGCAAUUCAUGUGUGGUGGUGCGAUUCUCUCCGAUUUAGUACCUCCUAGCCGGACGUCACGCCGGCUUACCGCCGACUUGCUAUGGGGUACCUCCGAUCUGAGUAAGAAGAAGAAAAAUCCUAGCAAUUACCACUCAAAGCCGUUGAGGUCUAAGUUAUUUGACCUUGACGACGAAUUUGAAGCUGACUUUCAGGACUUCAAGGACUACGCCGACGAUGUUGAUGAAGUCAAGGCUUUCGCUUUGCACGGCUCCAAAUCUGUGAAAUCUGAUGAUUCAAGCUGCGAUGCGGACAAAUCCUCCAAGAGAAAGAGAAAGAAUCAAUACCGGGGGAUCAGACAGCGCCCUUGGGGUAAGUGGGCAGCUGAAAUACGUGAUCCAACGAAAGGGAUUCGAGUCUGGCUUGGAACUUUCAAUUCUGCAGAAGAAGCUGCCAGAGCUUAUGAUAAUGAGGCCCGGAGGAUCAGAGGCAAGAAAGCUAAGGUGAACUUUCCCGAUGAAGCUCCAGUGUCUUCUUCAAGACGUGUUGUUAAGCUAAAUCCCCAGGAGGCACUUCACAAAGAGAGCUCGAACAUAGUUCAGGCCAACAGCACUUUUACUAACAACUUGGGCUGUGGUUCUGAUGAUUCGUUGAGCUUUGUCGAAGAGAAGCCAACAGCAAAGCAGUAUGGCUACGAGGACAUGUCUUUUACUGUUGGAGAUAUGGGACUUAGCUCAUUUUCGCCUUCAGCUGGUACAAAUGUUUACUUCAAUUCUGAUGAAGGAAGUAACACUUUUGACUGCUCUGAUUUUGGUUGGGGUGAACCGUGUUCAAGGUCUCCCGAGAUAUCGUCUGUUCUGUCGGCUGUUUUAGAAAGUAAUGGGACUCAAUUUGAUGAAGAUGCCAGCCCAGAGAAAAAACUGAAGUCCUGUUCCAACAACUCAUUGGCAGAUGAUGGCAACACUGUGCACAAGCUAUCUGAAGAGCUUUCGGCUUUUGAAUCCCAGAUGAAGUUCUUGCAGAUCCCAUAUCUUGAGGGAAAUUGGGAUGCAUCAGUUGAUGCAUUGCUCAAUGCAGAUGCAACUCAGGAUGGUGGAAAUGCUAUGGACCUUUGGUCCUUUGAGGAUAUUCCCUCUUUAAUGGGAGGUGUUUACUAAGCCAGCCUGCCCUCCCUUUGCUAAGUUUUGUAAAUAAAGCUUCAUUUGAGUGAAGUUUACAGUUAUGUUGUCUCCAAGCAAGACUUAAGUAUGUGUUGUAUGCAUUAUUUUGAAAGUUUACUCGUUUGAUAUCUCUGUCCUUGUUCUCUUAGGUGUCUGUGUUUAGGAGAUGGGGCAUAGUCAAUCAUAUGCUUUAACCCUCUGAUGCUGUUCUCAAUGUGUUGGCAAUUGAGCGAGCAGUUUAUGUAAUUAGGUAAACUAACCUCUCAAAACUUCAAAUAAAAGAUUUUCAAUUUAGCAUUU